GCUGGAUAACCCAGGACGAUGCUGUCUCGGACAUGGCCGACCAGCUGCCAGCUGCCAAUCCCAAUCGUUCGCGGGGCAUCUGGAACAACAACAACAAUAACAACAACAACAACUUCAGGCCCGCAUUUGGUAACCCCUAUUCCCCGGGCCAAAUGAUGGUGGAAGAUGCUCAGCCAAUAGCAUGGCCCAACAGCCGCGUUGCCAACUAUGAGCCCACGUUCGCAGCAUCUGCCAUGGACGUGUAUCGGCAAAACCGAAUGGGUCCAGAGCAGGACGCAAUGCGGCCGAUGGGACGCCGGGGGAACCGCUAUGACAAUCGGCACGGAUCGUCCAACCACUAUGGUGGAGGUUACAGCGGAUACGGUAUGGGUCCCGCUCCCUACGAGAUGACCCAGGGUUAUUCUACCGGCCCGCCGGCCAUGAUGGGCAGUGGUAUGGGAAUGGGGUUGUACUCGCCUUACCAGCAACAACCGGUGGGGACGGCACUCUCUCCCCAUGCCACCGAGUUUACGGCGUCGUCGUGGAAGGGCGAGGUAAGUCGACCAAUCUGGAAGGCUCUCUCCGAUGAGCUGUUGCUGACUCUUCCCUCUCAGACUUUGACUGCCGACGGUCAGACCUACGUGUCUCCUACGACGGAGCCUCUUAACUAUCGCCGCCUGCUCGACCGUAACGUCACUUGCGACUGGAAGUACAUAGUUGACAAGAUUGUCUGCAACAAUGAUCAGCAGGCCUCCAUCUUCUUGCAGCAGAAGCUCAAGGUCGGGACUCCCGAGCAGAAGUACGACAUCGUGGAGGCCAUUGUUGCCCAAGCCUAUCCGUUGAUGGUCAACCGCUUUGGCAACUUUCUGGUGCAGCGCUGCUUUGAACACGGCACGCCGGAGCAAGUCAUCAAGAUUGCUCAGUCCAUCCGUGGCAACACGCUCAACCUUUCGAUGGACCCCUUUGGUUGCCACGUUGUGCAGAAGGCGUUUGACUGUGUCCCCGAGGACUACAAGGCGAUUAUGGUUCAUGAGCUGCUGCGACGGAUUCCCGAGACGGUUAUUCACCGCUACGCUUGUCAUGUUUGGCAGAAGCUCUUCGAGCUGCGGUGGACCGAGUCUCCCCCGCAGAUCAUGAAGUACGUCAACGAGGCCCUGCGUGGUAUGUGGCACGAGGUUGCUCUGGGCGAGACGGGCAGUCUGGUGGUGCAGAACAUAUUUGAGAAUUGCUUGGAAGAAGACAAGCGCCCCUGCAUCGAGGAGGUCCUGGCGAACAUCGACAUCGUUGCCCACGGCCAGUUCGGCAACUGGUGUAUCCAGCAUAUUUGCGAGCACGGCGCCCCCGCCGAUCGCAGCCGGGCCAUCGACCACGUCAUUCGCUAUGCUGCUGAGUACAGCAUGGACCAGUUCGCUUCCAAGGUAGUUGAGAAGUGCCUCAAGAUUGGCGGUUCCGAGUUCCUCGGCCGCUACCUCGACCGCGUCUGCGAGGGCCGCAUGGACCGUCCCCGGAUCCCGCUCAUUGAUAUUGCCAGCGACCAGUACGGCAACUACCUCGUUCAGUACAUCCUGACGCAUGCCGCGCCUCAGCACCGUGAAAUUGUAGCUGCCCAUAUCCGCAAGCACAUGGUCUCGCUUCGCGGAUCCAAGUUCGGCUCUCGCGUUGGCAUGCUUUGCACCAACCACGCGGUCGCCACCCGCCCGGGCCCAGCCAUGGGGCCAAUGCCGGGCCGGAUGGCUGGCAGCUCUCGCUACGGCACCGGGUACCGCUGAGACUCCUAAUACCGUGUUGAGUCAUCGACUCGACUCGAGGGCACGGGGCGUGCCUCGCUUCCCAGACGACCACCCCGUAACUGUCG